AUGGCCAAAGAGUACCAGUUCAGUUGGAAGCCCAGCAUUCCUGAUGCUCUUCUGAAGGGUUAUGAAUUCGAUAAAUAUGAUGAUGAAAGCAUAUGUUUGGAAUGUGGUGCAUUUCUUCGUGUAGAUGAAUAUGGAUUUUUUUUGUACUGGACAUCAGAAGAAAGGAAAGACACAUCAAUACUCGACCUUAUUCUGGUCUGGGAAGCAAGACGUGGUACAUUACCGAAAGAUGGACGGAUAAUGUUCGAAUUGGAGCAACAUGGACCCCGUGAAACGAUUGGAGACAGAACAAUUUGGCUUACAUAUGGGCCUGACUUAGUCAGUGUUAGUAAUUACUAUUUGGUUGCGGAAGACAUUGAAAUUGCCAAGAUCUGGCGAAAUGGUUUGAAUGAAAUUUUAAGAACGAGUAAAAUGCGACACAUUUCUUACACAACAAGCCUGAUGAAAAAUUGGCGAUAUUUAUGUCUCUGUUUGAAUGAACAUCGAAAAAUCCCCAUAAAAAAUAUUGUCAGAAUUUUUUCUGGUGGUAAAACGGAUCGAAUGGUGCAGAAAUGUCUCAGUGAUCUCGGACUUUCGGGAAAUAAAGAGCAUGAUGAACUUGAUGUGGAAUUAUUUACUUUCGACAAAUAUUUGCGGUUAUAUUAUAAAAUUUGCCCACGAAGUGAUGUGCAAGAAUUAUUCGUAAAAUUAAGCGGUCAGAAAGAAUAUCUUACCAAGGAUCGUUUGAUAAAUUUUCUGAAUGAAGAACAGAGAGAUCCUCGGCUAAACGAAAUAUUAUUCCCAUUUUUUGAUGAUAAGAGGGUGUUGAAUCUAAUAUCAAAAUACGAAAGUGAUGAAAAUUAUAUAAAUAAUGGGAAAAUGUCUGGCGAUGCUUUCUUACGUUUUUUGAUGUCUGAUGAAAAUGCGCCCGUAUUUUUAGAUCGAGUCGAGCUUUAUCAAGAUAUGGAUCAGCCUUUGUGUCAUUAUUAUAUUAAUAGCUCACACAACACGUAUCUCACUGGUAGGCAGUAUGGCGGAAAAAGUUCAACUGAAAUUUAUCGUCAAGUUUUAUUGUCGGGGUGUAGAUGCAUUGAAUUAGAUUGUUGGGAUGGUACUGGGGAAAAUAAAGGUGAACCGAUUAUCACUCAUGGCAAAGCAAUGUGUACAGAUGUUUUUUUCAAGGAUGUGCUCUAUCAAAUUCGAGAUACUGCUUUUGCUAGGUCCGAUUUUCCGGUGAUUUUGUCAUUCGAAAAUCAUUGCUCUAAAUCAAAUCAGCUCAAAAUGGCGAAAUAUUGCAUGGAAAUACUUGGUGAUAUGUUGCUUUCAAAGCCUUUGGAUGAUUAUCCGCUCGAACCAGGUGUACAACUGCCAUCACCUAAUCGUUUGAAACGUAAAAUACUGAUUAAAAAUAAGCGAUUGAAGGGGGAUAUUGAAAAAUUGCAAAUGGAACAAUUUCUGCGCGAAGGUAAAUUAGAUGAAGAAGAUGAGCCGGUCGAAAAUUCAGAAGCUAUUGUCGACGAGGAAAUUUCAGCACAAUCAGUUGGUGACCAAAGAGCACAUCCAGAGAUAGAGAUUUGUGACGCAUAUUCAACGUCGACGUUAGGCACAAAUGUUGGUGCGCUAUUGGAUGAAGGGCAUCCUGAAUUCAAGCAGACAAAUUUCAUAUCAAAAUUAAAACCUCUUUUUGGAAGUGAAUCACCGCCAUAUAACGCUGGAAAUGUGACGUUACCCAUAUUUCCAUCAUCAUCAUUUCGGAACAAACGAUCGUUUCGCCGAACUUCACGUGUACCAGAAUGUGAAGACAGUGGUGGGAGUUUGAGUGCGGCAUUACUGGAUCCACAGCCACAGCGUCAUUUAUCAACAAGGCAGAAAAAUAAAAGGCAAUUUAUAUUAGUUAUUAAUCUGGGAUCAAGUAAAGAUAGUAGGAUAUUUAGUGUAUACUCCGUUAGCCUGAGCAGUUUGAAACAGAUACCACUUUACUAA